UGCGGCCCGGGCCUGGCUGUCUAAUGAGUACCGGGGGAGGGCUGCGCUGUGAGCGGGAGCUAAACGAGGAUAGUGCGGUUCCGGGCUAAUGUGAUAACGACACCGAAAUAAGCAGCAAACCCGAGGGAAGCGGACACCCAGAGCGCCAGCGUCACCGACAGCAGGUACCGAGCCCCGCAUCGUGUGAAGGGGAGGGGUAAUAACUACCGACCACAGCAGAUACAGCAGAUGAAGAAGGGACGAAAGGCCAGCGAGGCCAGCAUUGGUUUUUCUGGAGGACAGCUGGAGGAACGUUCAAAAAAGCAGAAGAAAACAGAUAAAUUUGCUGAUUUACCCAAAAUGCAUGACUGGGGCAAUCUGCUUCCAGAUAUAAUACUGCAGAUUUUUCAGUAUUUACCGCUGUUGGACCGUGCACAUGCCUCACAAGUCUGCCGAAACUGGAAUCAUGUUUUUCACAUGCCUGACCUGUGGAGAUGUUUUGAAUUCGAACUCAACCAACCAGCUACAUCUUACCUGAAGGCAACACAUCCAGAUCUGAUCAAGCAGAUCAUUAAGAGGCACUCAAAUCAUUUACAAUAUGUCAGCUUUAAGGUUGAUAGUAGUAAAGAGUCAGCAGAAGCUGCUUGUGAUAUCCUGUCCCAGCUUGUAAACUGCUCUCUGAAAACUCUUGGACUUAUUUCCACUGCUAGACCAAGCUUCAUGGAUUUACCAAAGUCACACUUCAUAUCUGCUCUUACGGUCGUGUUUGUAAACUCAAAAUCCCUUUCAUCGCUCAAAAUUGACGACACUCCUGUUGAUGACCCAUCUUUGAAGGUACUUGUGGCAAACAACAGCGACACGUUGAAGCUUCUAAAGAUGAGCAGUUGCCCGCAUGUUUCUCCAGCAGGUAUCCUAUGUGUGGCUGAUCAGUGUCAUGGUUUGCGGGAGUUGGCCUUGAACUAUUAUUUGCUGAGCGAUGAGUUGCUUCUCGCGUUAUCUUCGGAGAAACAUGUCCGGUUGGAGCACCUUCGUAUUGAUGUUGUGAGCGAGAAUCCAGGACAAACACAUUUCCACACAAUUCAGAAAAGCAGCUGGGAUGCUUUGAUAAAGCAUUCUCCUAAAGUGAACCUGGUCAUGUACUUCUUUCUCUAUGAAGAGGAGUUCGAUCCGUUUUUCCGCUACGAAACCCCAGUUACGCAUCUAUACUUUGGGAGAUCCGUAAGCAAAGAAGUGCUUGGAAGAGUUGGAAUGACGUGUCCUCGGCUGGUGGAGCUUGUUGUGUGUGCAAAUGGACUCCGGCCUCUCGAUGAAGAGUUGAUUCGUAUCGCAGAACGUUGCAAGAGUCUGACAGCCAUUGGACUUGGAGAGUGUGAAGUCUCUUGCUCAGCUUUUGUUGAGUUUGUAAAGAUGUGUGGUGGCCGUCUCUCCCAGCUUUCCAUAAUGGAGGAAGUCUUAAUCCCAGAUCAGAAAUAUAAUUUGGAGCAGAUUCACUGGGAAGUGUCAAAGCACCUUGGCCGAGUUUGGUUCCCAGAUAUGAUGCCUACCUGGUAGAAACCAAAACUGGUAUUCGACCCACUGGUUAUUUGAAAGAGCACCUUACCUUUUCAGAUUUAAUGCAUGAGAACCUACUAUAUUUCUUUGUUCACUGCUUCAUUUAGAAAAUGUAUGUAGGAGAUAAUUUAUACAUGAAGAAUUGCAAUGGGGACCAUCACGCUGCAUUGGGUUUUGUUUUGUAUAUUUUAUGUUGGGUUAAAAUAUAUUGUGUAAAAAAUAAAUGACGAGACUAGGUGUAACUGGGGUGCACUUUUUGUAAGUGAUUUCCUUUCAUUGUAAAAUAUUUGGCUUUAUUAUAAACCAUGAAACAUAAUUGUUGUUUUUAUAAAGUUUAUUUUCUCCUUC